UCAACAUUUUUUGAGGUGGACUUGACCUUUAAAAGCCUUUGCUCGUAAAUUUUUCUCAGAGUCAGAAAAAUUAUGCCAUCAUUCAUUUAAAAAAAGUAUUUACAAUAUUUUUGUAUAAAUAGGUCGACUCAGUUUCAUACAUUUUUCAAUUUUCAUUUGUCUUCAUUCCAUCCCAGAAAGUGCCAGGUUUUACACAUUACAAGGAAGAAAAUUUUUCCACACAAUAGGUACUUCAUCCACGGCCAAGCUCUGGAAGAAAAAGCCGAGCAGCUAGGUACAUCUAUUGACAGAUCUCGGCAUUCACUGGUGUUUCAACAAUGGGUCAUUGGUCAUUCGUUGCUUUGAUGCUUGGCUGCUGCCUCUCUGUGGUCCUAUCUGAUAAUCAAAGUCAGCAGAGCAACGCUAUCAGACUGCCAGGCUCACAGCCAUCCAGUAAAUCAACAAGACCCCCGUUUUAUGAUAAGGCUCGACGAGCAAGGUACAUUGUACAUAAGGCCAACUGGACUGUCAUAGCGACAUUCUCCACCAAGCCCGAGCUCGUGGGACGUUCCUUCCCAGCUCCUGCAUCCAUCUCGGACGGUCCCGUCGGCAAGAGUUCCGGGACUCCUUACUUCUACCUGGCAGCGAUUGACAGUAUCAUGCAUGAUGUCGCUAAGAACCCCAAUGUGACUUUGAGUUUCAGUGAAGCUGCAUUCGGUGAUAUCGCAGAGUGUGCUGUAACGUCUUCCUCAGAUCCCGAGAGCCCUCUUUGUGCAAGGUUGAUGCUCUUUGGUCAACUGGUUAACGUCACUGACCCCAAGGAAACGAGCUUUGCAAAGGAGGCGCUAUUCUCUCGUCAUCCUCUCAUGCCCACCUGGCCAAAAGAUCACGACUUUGGUUUCAAGAAAUUGAUCGUCACCGAUGUCUGGAUCUUGGACUUCUACGGCGGCGGAUCAUCUGUCUCUGUUGAUGACUACUAUAAUGCUCUUCCUUGAUCCUGGUUUGAUAUCCUAGAUUUUCCUUCAUCACUGGGUCCUCUAUACCAUGUUUACACUUAAAUUGGCUUUUUCAUAGCGUGUAAACGCAAGUAACUUGCAUCGGCUCGCGGUUCAGAACCGGCAAUUUGCACCACCAAAGUAGUAGGUUCUGAACCGCGAGCCGAU